UGGACGGUGGCCUUGACAGGAAAAUCCGUCACGGGAGCGAAGUGUACUUAAUUAAUAAAUCAAUCGAUUCAUUUUAAGAAGAGAGAUCUCGGACGUUGACCGCCGCCUUGAUAAGGCUGAUAUAACGACGGUGCGCGAGUUCGGUUACGGAGCAGCAGUAAUACUAUCAUAACGGCGACGCGUGUUAUGCACUCGUCAAGUCGCAUUGCCAUCCCGGUUUUGAUAACUGUAACCUUGGGUAUAUCCACCGUUGCGAGCCGACGUCAAAGGUGACAACGGGCCAAGAGUAGUCGGUUUUAUUUGACUCGAAGCAGCUGCGCGAGGGUGGCGCGAGGUGUCAGUGACAAGGUGUACCUAACCUUAAGAUGCGAGUAUCCGUGAUUACCAAUGUGAUCGUACUGUUCGGGCUGCACUUAUCCCUUUGGUGUUGCAACACGACAAAUGCCAGCGGCGGGGCCCUCGACGGGAGUCCGAAUUUCCAGUCUAGCUCCUCCGGAACCGCGCCACCGAAAGUUACACCAUUCUCUGGCACGCUCACAGAUGGAUUGGCACAGGCAGUAGCCCACGAAGCUGGUUUAGAAGCUAUCAAAUCACUCCACAGUCAACUAGACGACGAUGCCAAUGGAAAUGUGGACCUCUCAGAGUCGGACGAUUUUUUACGAGAGGAGUUGCAAUACGAAGCUGGGUACGAGAGGAGGCAGAGGGCUUUCCACCACAAUGAUGAUAUGCAUAUUAGCGUUCGAGAACUUUGGGAAGCCUGGCUGAGGUCUGAGGUUCAUAAUUGGACCAUCGAGCAGACAUCGGAAUGGCUAACUUCUAAUGUAGAGCUUCCUCAAUAUGUUCCUACUUUUAUACAACAUCGUGUGACUGGUGCUACACUUCCAAGGCUGGCUGUGAACAACAUGCACUACCUAAGCAAUGUGUUGGGAAUCAAGGAUCCCAUCCACAAACAAAAAAUUGCCUUAAAAGCUAUGGACGUGGUACUUUUUGGCCCGCCAAAAGACACUGGACAUAGCGUGAAAGAUUUGAUAUUAAUUACUUUAUUAUUCGGGGCGCUUAUCGGAUGUUGGUAUGCGUAUCAACAGAAGAAAAAUUCACAGAAGCAUCUUCAUAGGAUGAUGAAGGACAUGGAAAGUUUGCACAAAGCGGAGCUGGCACUCGAAGACUUGCAAAAAGAGUUGGAAAGAGCGCGAAUGGAACAGGAGAGCGUGACUACGGAGAAACAAAAUUUAGAGAAACGUUUACAAGAUGAAACCGUGGGGUUGCAUGCCUCGUACUCGGAUCUCGAAGUCUCUCAAUUGAAAGCAGAGAUCGAAAUGUUAAAAGUUGAAUUGCAACGCGCAGAGGGAGAGCUCGAAGAUAGAUGCUGGUCACCUCCUCCGGGACUUCAACAUUGGUUACAACUGACUCACGAAAUUGAGAAUAAGGCGUACACGAAAAAAAAGAUAGUUGCCGAGAAGCAACUGCAACAAGCGCGAGAAGCAUGCGAGAAAUUACGAAAAAAACGAUCGAGUUUAGUAGGAGCGUUCGUCUCGACGCAUGGAAAGUCGAUUGACGAGGUCGACAAAAGUAUAGUCGAAGCGAGGACGUCGUUGAACGAAGUCACCAUGGAGCUGCAGGAGAGAGUACAUCGUUGGAAGCAGAUCGAGCUGUUGUGUGGCUUCAACAUAAUUAACAACAAUGGUAUAAAUUAUUUAGAAACCGUUCUGUAUAGAGGGACACCCAACGGGCGAGGACUUGGAUUUAGAGGCCGACUCAGUAGCCAAGACGACUUAGACGACGAAGCAAGCUCAGUGUACUCGCCUUCAUCGUGCGGUGCCGCAGGUACGUUGGACAGCUUAACGUGGAAGGAGUCGUCCGUGCCUCCGGACUCGUCGAGCAGCGAGACCGGGAAGGAAACGCCGCCGGAGAGCAACGUGGUUCACUUCACCGUGGGCGACGGUCCCGAGGAGCCCGUCAGGGCUUCCAGCAGAGAGAAAUCCGGGAUCGUGCGCUCUUACAGCCAGGACACGAACAUGCUCCUCGCCGCGGAGGACAAGACUACCUCAUCAUUCCUGUCGAAGACCUCUUACUCGGAGAACUCGCUGGACUCGUCGGCCCAGCAGCAGAAAAUGGUCCCGGCGAGCUCGAACACGACCAACAUCGGCCCCACGACGACCAGCACGUCGAGCAGCCACAGGAAGGCGUUGAGGGAACCGCAGCCGUCGACGGUCGACGAGGAGACCCUGUCGACGGACUCGAACUCCACCGCGGACAACGACGAGCUAAAGAGAAGGCGUCGGAAAAUUCUGUUCCCCGGUUUCAGGAAGAACAAGGCCAAGGUCACGUGAUGAAGCCCGCUAGUCAGCAUAGCAGCGUAUACAUACGAUGUAACUGUGUUAUAACGUUCUUACUUAACGCUAACUCUCCCGCGGAUCCGAUUAGUCGUUACAUAUUACAUGGUACAUACCGCGACGUGCACUUACAAAAAAAAAAUCGACUCGUCUCCGAGAAGCCGAGAAAGGUUGAUCGCUUGAUAUACUGCCUCGGGUAUGUAGUAGAAGUGCAGAGACGAAUGCACGAUCAGAGAUGCGCGCGGCCGGGCAGGGACAUCCGGUCUUCCUCGUCAGCCCUUCGGUCUGGAUCAGGUGUCGGCUUUUACUCGAGUUCGCUGCUAUUAGAACCGACCGUGGAAUCUUGAAAUUCUUCUUUUUUGGGUAUUAUGAGACUUCCAAGGAAGUAAAAAAUGGGCGGAAACGGUACUAGUGCGAAUGAUACUUACGAUUUGUCAGUCAAUUCUACGGUACUCCGUUUUCUUAUUCAGAGCGAUGAAACAUUAUCCAACGAUCGAGGUAGAGUUCAAUCCAUCCGAUUGCGAUGGCACCACGUGUAUAGUUAGUGUAAAUAUCUCUCGAAUAACUCGCUACGUGUACAUUAAUGUAUUAUACGAAUAUAAAUUCGAACGAGGUAGAAUCAAAUCGGUCUCGCCACUGCCUGACCAGUUAUAAACAAUAGUAAUAUCGCGGUGUGGGGGAAUGUUAGUUAAGUAAGCAGAAAGAUAGACCCGAUGGCUGACGAUGGGGGAGUUAAAUUAUUUGAGAAUAGUCGAUGUUCUGUCCGGCUGCCAUGCAUAGGAUGUUUUUGGUGCUCCGGUGUGUCCCCGGUUUGCUCCGCAACGAGACGGCACCAACCAAGCGACAUCCGUUUUUAAAUAGCUAGGUUCUUAAACAUGUCGAAAUUCUGUAGUCACGACAAUAUUCCGACUCCAGGAUGGACGAUCGUUUCUCUUCCAUUACAUUUCGUGGUGCAGCUCUCUUCGUAGUACGAGCGUCUUUCUAACGAAACGUUUUCUCUUACAUUAUUAACUUUUAGUCAUUACUGUCUCUCUCCAGCGAAAGAAUCUCAAUUUUAUAUGGUAAAGUUUGCGAGUUAAUUAUAUCUAAUGUCUCUCUAAAUUGAAGCUGCUCGGUCUUUCCACUUGUUCUUUUUAAGACAUUGCUGGUCGAAUUAAAAUUGUAACAGAGGAUAUCUCCGGAAACGGUGGUAGAGCGAAUUUUACACAGACUGUAGGAACGUAAGUAUCUUUUUUUCCUGAAAGUAGUGGAAACACUUUAUCCUGUUCGUUCGUAUAAUAUCAUUCUCAGAAGCAUUAUAAUAGCCAGUGAAUAAUUUAUAAAUCACUGGGAAGGUGUAGUCAUCAAUCAUAAAUAAAUCACGAACGUCUCUCCUGUUUUUCCAUGACAAUAUUCGGCCUAUGUAAUCACCGAAAAGGAAUAUUUUUCUUGAAGCGAAAGCUCUUUUCUACCGUUCCAAGAGACCACGAAGUAUUAUACAAUUUAACGAUCGUCCAUUCCUUGAUUCUUCCGAGACGAGUUCCCAGCGUAUAAAAUAAAACGGAAAACAAAACGGAAUUCUAACACACCACGACUUUUCGUUUCUCUUCUUUCAUACUUAGUCGUAGUCGUUAGGUGUAAAUCUUUUUCUUUAACCGGAAUAAAGUGUCUCGAAAUUUGUUGUGACCCCGAUGAAUCGCAUGAUAAUUCGCACACGGAUCAUGGCAUUUUAUCGUCAUAUUUGUGUUUCAAUUUUAAUGUCGUUUAAUUCUGUCCCAGUUCCUCUUUCUUUUUAACGUCAGCGUCGCGACGUUCGUUAUACCUUUUAAUUUUUCAGACGACUAUAGUCUGUUCAAAGCCUGUUCAGUAUCAUUACACAGCAUCUUGUAAGAAUCUCACUUAAAUCUGCGUAGUUCAAGGCUCUGAUCAGCGUGCAAUUAAAUACGGAACGAAGAAAAUGAUCCUGACCGACUAAUUGCUUCUAGACAGACUAUAGAAUUAACUUAUUAUUUCCGGUUCCCUAUCGUACACGCGAUUCCUCGUCGCAGGCAUUUGAGAUGCCGAUGGAAUGAUUUCUUCCUUUCUUACCAUAUUUUUUUUAUAUAUAUACAAACACACACGUAUAUAUAAACGUGAGGAGCAAAGUGCGGCGAGGCUGAAGAUCUAGUGAUAAGCUUCGAAGCCGAGUCUUAUUAAGUGAUUGUUUCUCGAUGCAAUAAGGCAAUUGCAAUAAAUACCAUCCUCGCAUCGAUUACCUUCCAGUGAUUCCGUUUCUCCUGCCCUAUUGAGAAAGCAUCGAAACGGAGAUCAUUGAGAAAACGCUUAUCAGUUUCUUUCCCUGUCCACGCAGAUAAUUGAUCUUCUCUGUCUUUCGCUGUCCGACCUUUUGGGUAACGUGCGUUUACUUUGCCGUGUAUUUUAACCCCGGAUUUCGUUUACCACUUAGCUGUUAUUAUUCGUUAGGAAACGCGAGAAUCAGAGUUCUCUCUUCACUUUUUUUUCGCAUUCCUUUCACCGGCUUAUUAUUCCAGUUUACACAUAGCACGCUCCUUUCCUGAUUGGAAAACUGACACAUUUAUAUCUCAGGGCUGAUCGAUCUUUCUCUCUCCCGAUCAAAGUGACGAACAAUUCUCGAGCUUGCGCUUGGUCAAAGAUCCUUUCUUUUCGAAAGUUUAAUACUACUUACUACUUACAAACGUUAAAGGUUUCUGAAUCUAAUCACUGGAGAGUUGGAGAAGUUUUCACUUACCUAGUGAGAAUUACAUUUGGAGACCUUGAACUUGAGAAACAACUGUAUUAUAUCGAUAUAAGAAUAUCGUAAGAGCAAUAGACAAAGGGAUCUGACCGUUUGAUGGACCAAGCUGGAUUAGCAUAGAUACGUGUGAAAUAAGUGAACGAUAAAAUAUAGAGAGGUCUGUAUACGAUCGAGGCGAUUCUAGGCUCAAUUAGUAAAUAUAGAAGAAACGAUAGUUAUAAAGAGUUCAGACAAACAUUUUAUCGUUGAGAUGUUACGGGGCUUCCGGAUUAAACACGACCAUGUGAGGAACGCUUUGUUCACUAGUCGUGCGAUCCUGCCAAUUGUAUAUUAUAUUAUUGUUGAAAUGCUUAAUAGAAUCGAAACUACAGUUAAUCAAAACGGUGGGCGAACGAACUUCAAAAUCCGUGUCAAUUAAUUCAUUUCCAGUCUCCCUCAAACGGAUUUUUCUAUUUGGUUUCUCAUGCGAAGAAAAAAUUGUUCUCGCUGGUAAGACUGCAAAUGUUCGCUAGGCAAUAAAUCCGUGUUAAACCCUAUCAUAAUAUCAGGUACGUUGAAAAAAAGUACCGUCCUAACAAAGUUUUUAAAGAACAUCGAGUAUAAUUUCUAUAACUGGAAAAUGAUUUAUGGUAGGACAUUGAGUUUGUGAGAAUAAACUGUGUCAGCUUCGUCUUACCAUUAAUUCGUGAUCGAGCCAUUAAUUACCAGUCUUUAAACGAUUCUCUCGACGAACUUCGAAAUUCCUUGUGAUUUUAAUCAAAGCAUCGAGAAAACACUUUGACGAAGACUGGUACUUAAACGGUCCUGUGAAAAGACCACGCGUAGCGUUUGUUAAUUUCUUAGGAAGCAACGUGUUUUGUGAUUAGAAGUGACGUUUACAAGGGACAGUUUACAAUAUUGUGUGCAUAUCUGUAUCACCUUGGUAUAGACACCUGACUCCACUAUCUGACUAAUUUACUAGAGAGAGCGUGAACGAGAAGAAUGAAAGAGACAGAAUGGGAGAGGAAGAGCAAAGAGAAUAGAGUUUAAUUUUAUGUGUAUAUGUGCUACCAGCCAAAAGUACGAGACUUAGAAUCUUCCUGCGAGUACAUCCUACGUUAUAUUGUAAAUAGAUAUUAAAAACGAAGUAUUUGUAGCUGUCUUAGAAAAUGAAGAGCAUACAUUUUAAA